AUGCCUUCUCGCUCUUGGCGACAGCAGAGUGCAGACAGCGACUUGACUGCUGCUGCAUCCUAUCCUUGCGACGCCUUUACCCUCCUCCGAUUCUCUGUCCGCCUGCCUGUUGUCUCUAAUCCGACUACCUCUCUUGCGUUGUCUCACAAGCCUUACAACCACUACGAUAACGACGACGACGAAGACGAUGACGACGACAAUUCCGACGACGAUGGCGUCGAUGAGACUGAAGCCAAGCAGCCGGCCCCUCAGACUCACACCUGGAUUCAGCCGCUCGAACUGUGCUUCCAUCACGAGUUCCUCAGCCCUGCCGCCCGUCGUUGCCGCCCUCUGUCGCUGCACCUAGACUCUCUGUCUGCCUCACGCAUUUCCUCCAUCUCCUCAUCGGCGGCACCUAUCAAGCGUCCGACGCCCCCGUACUACAUCCAUGAGAUGCCUCAGCUCAUCGACCUCACAACGGAGCCCGCAGAGCAGCAGCGCCAAAAGGCCAACAACAACAACAACAAAAUCCUCGUGGCCCUAGGUGCCCUGCUCAUGCUUGUCGCCGGCUUCCUGGCGGGCUUCUCCGUCAACUUGUCGUACCUGUCUGUCUCAUCAUACCCGGCAAUGCCAGCAUCCGCUGCGCACACCACUUCCCCGCAUGUGGCCUUCCUCGUCGGCCCUCUCCGCAACCUCUUCGGCAUCAAACAACCCUACAUCAUCGCCUUGUCCUCCGAGACCAGACCUGUUGAGCUGUAUCGCAAGAUUCUGCCCAUAACCCGUCAGCGCAUGUCUCUUCACCCUCUCAUGUCCGACGUUGCAGCCCUUCCAAAAGAGCCGCUCCCUGAUCUGAAGGAAGCCGUCUACCAUGUCUGCUACAACAUCACUCACUACUUUGAUGGGUACAGCAAAAGUCCAGACGCCCGUCUCCCUAUUCUCAACCUCUUCUGCGGUCCCAUGAUAUCCCGUGUCGUGCAGCUUAUUCGACCUUGGGCCUUUUUACCUUUCAGCACUGUUGCACUCGACAUUUCUGGAAACCUGGCUGACUCUGCCUGGUUUCUUGAAGAGUACUACUUCAAGACGAACAUCCACGGGAACAACAAUGACGAUGACAACUACCUCCCCGUUACCGAACACACCAAAUUUUUCAUCAAGCAAUUUCGAAAGAUGUUCAAAAUCAAGGCUGAAAGCGGCUAUUAUGCAGAUGAAUGCCGCCUCUGCGACCCAUACUAUGCUGGCGUCCUAACCCCCCUGGAGUCAGAUCACCCUGAUCCUUUUGCCUACCCACAUCCGCCAUCCCCUCCUGUCAGUAACUGGCACUUUGCCUGUUCACCUGAGUUCCAAGGCCUCUAUGCAGCCGCCGCCACAUCCAGCAACGUAUCCAACAACGGCAUAAAAGAUGAUCUGAUUACGCAGUUCCUCCUUGCGUGGGCCCGUUCACAGUCAGCCCGUCGCUUCAACACCCUGCGCAAUGCGCCAAUCGACGUGGACGACAAGCCUCUGUUCCCAGACGACAAGCACCCCUUUACAGAGGCUGAGGAUGUUAUCCUUCCUCAGCUUCCACACGAGGCCUACGUCUUUGCUGCUACGCGUCAUUUUGCUGAAGUGGCAGUGGCCAUCGACGAGUUGAUACAUUUAGUGGAAGAAGAGUGGCACCUGAUAUUGCCGAUAACCGCCGCCGACGCCGCCGCUGAAGACGACGACGACGACGACGACGACAACAAGCCCUCGCCUGACCCGGGGCCGCUCCCCGACGGGUUUUUUCACCGAGUCCUCGACACGUUUUCUGAGUCAUACCGGGCAUCUGCCGACACCCAGUUCAGAGCACACCGGCAGGCCACAUUACAGGCACGCAUUACAGCUUCGGUGACAGCCCUCAGGGCCAUGCGCGAGGACUUUGUCAUGCCAAUGAUCCGCAGGCUGGGCUAUCUUGCCGCAGGCAUCAGCAGUGGCUGUGCAGACACGGCUGAUUUCCUUGCCUACCUCGAUCGCCUUGAAUCAGAAGAUCCAACCUAUUGGGAAAUCACGGAGGCUUCUGUGAGGAGGCCACCGGUGCCAGACGUCACGCACGACAAAAACAACAAGCAGCAGCAGCAAACUACAACUAUCGAUUUGACGCGCGUUAUCUUUACGCAGGAUGCUGCAGUCGAGAUUGCAGGCUUACGCACAGAGUGGAAGAGAUUGGAGGGACAGGUGGAGGCAUAUCAUAGAGAACAAGCAGAGCUACAACAGCAUAUAGCAAACGAAGGUAGGGAGCGUGAGGCAGACCAAGAGAAAGAGAUUGACGAGUUGGUGCUUGACGACCGAUCGAGGGCUUUACUGGCAGGCAUCAGAGAAAGAAUGGGUAUCCCUCAGAAGCAGCGACUGGCCGAGAUGUUGCGGGCGGCGACGCUUUCGUUCAGAGAUGGGUCAGUGGGCGUGUCGGACCACAACAACGACAAAGAUCGCUCUAAUGACUACAACGAGGAUAUACAUAAGGACACGCAGAAGUAG